ACAACACUAUACUGAGCAAUGAAGAGUUUAGGUCAAUGAAGGACCGGACAUUCUUUUUUGGGACAUUUACACAGUAUAAAAAGGAGUAUAAUCAGACAUACAGAGUGGAGCACUAUGACCCCUUAAGAUCUCAGUGUAAGAUAUGGGGAUCUGUACCCAGCUCGGUCUCCUGCUUUGGAAGAACAUAACCUACCGCAGGAGAAACAAGAUUCAGUUGAUUAUCGAGCUGCUCUGGCCCCUCUUCCUCUUCCUCAUCCUCAUCUCUGUGCGGCAAUCUCACCGCCCCUACAAGCAGAGUCAAUGUCAUUUCCCCAACAAAGCCCUCCCUUCAGCGGGCACUCUGCCCUGGAUACAGGGCAUCGUCUGCAACAUCAACAACCCCUGCUUCCACAGCCCCACCCCAGGAGAGACCCCGGGGCGGGUUGGAAACUUUGAUAACUCCAUACUGUCUCGGCUCAUGGUGGACACCCAGACCAUCCUGUCCUACAGUGGGAACCAGACAGCCUUUGCAAGCUUCCAGAACCUUCUGGAGACGAUCCAGAGACUGGGAGAAAGACCAGAAGCCUGGCCAAAUUUACCUGUGGGGGAAUACCUGAGAGCCAAUGAGACAUUUUCCAACUUCCUACUGACCAAUGGUUUGUCUCGAAGUGCUGUGGACCAGUUGUUGAAGUCACGCCUCAACCUUCAGGUGGUGUCUCUGGCGGGAGAGGGACUGAUGCUGAAGGACAUUGUGUGUAACGCCAGCCUGCUGGGCCAGUUCCUCACGGCGGAGGAAGGGGAGGAGCCGCAGGGCCUGCAGAGACAGCUGUGCGCGCUACAGUCCGACACGCUGCAGGACGCGGAGCAGCGUUUUCUCUCCCAGCUCGACUUCACCAAGUUCUUCACGAGAGACAGGCUGAGGGCCAAUGCCGGAGACCUGAGGGUCAUCAGCCAGGCUGUCACUGAUGUGUCCCAGGAGUUCUCCGUCAUCAUGGAUGACCUCUCGUCUCUCUCCAGCUUUGUGGAGCUCAACGCGGAGCUGCGGCUGCUGUCGCCCGAGAACCGCUCCUCCGUGCCGCGGCAGAGCUUCAGGGCCUUCUCCAGGAUCAUGUGUGGACACCCAGAGGUGGGAGGGGAGAAGAUCCCCUCUCUCAACUGGUACGAGGACAACGAUAUCAAGUCCUUCCUGGGCAAGAACGGCACUGAGGUGACCGACAUGGACGACGACAACACCACCACCCCAUACUGUAAAAGCAUGAUCCAGAACCUGGAGUCCAAUCCCUUGUCUCGCAUCGUGUGGAGAGGAAUCAAGCCUCUGUUCAUUGGGAAGCUGCUGUACACACCUGACACCCCUGCAAUUCAGGAAGUCAUGAAAGAGGUAAACAGGACGUUCCAGGAUCUGCAGAUUCUGGAGGACCUGAACGGUGCCUGGAUCGAUGUGGGACCUCGUAUUAGGACAUACAUGGAGAGCAGUGUUGAGAUUCAGCUGCUGCAGGAUUUGCUGAAGCGACCGGAGGUGGCCGUGCUGGUCAACCUGCGUCUGGAGAACACCAGCUGGACGGCCUCCCGUAUCGCCCGCUUCCUGUCCACGCCGCCGCCCGGCACCCCCAGGAAAGAGGGGGCUCCGCCCACCUGGCUGGACGUGUACAACGACGUGAACAGCACCAUCACCACCCUCGCUCAAGUCACACAGUGCUUCUCUCUGAACAAGCUGGAGGGGGUGGCGUCAGAGGGGGCUUUGAUUGAGAGGGCGUUGGACCUCCUGGAGGACAGGCAGUUCUGGGCAGGCAUCGUCUUCCUCCUCCCCAACUCCUCCUCCGACAGCCUCCCUCCUCACGUCACCUACAAGAUCCGCAUGGACAUCGAUGACGUCACGCGCACAAACAAAAUCAAGGACAGGUUCUGGGAUCCAGGCCCUGCGGCUGACCCCUUCAACGACAUGCGCUACAUCUGGGGGGGGUUUGUGUACGUGCAGGACCUGGUGGAGCGGGCGGUGUCGCGGGUUCUGAGCGGCAUGCAGCAGACCACGGGCAUCUACCUGCAGCAGAUGCCCUACCCCUGCUACGUGGAUGACGUCUUCCUGCGCGUGCUGAACCGCUCGCUGCCCCUCUUCAUGACGCUGGCGUGGAUCUACUCGGUAGCCAUGAUCAUCAAGGGCGUGGUGUACGAGAAGGAGGCCCGUCUGAAGGAGACCAUGAGGAUCAUGGGCCUGGGCACGGGCACGCUGUGGGUCAGCUGGUUCAUCAGCAGCUUCGUGCCUUUCCUCAUCAGCGCCGGGCUGCUCAUCGCCCUGCUCAAGUGGGGGGACAUCCUCCCCUACAGCGACCCCUCCGUGGUGUUCUUCUUCCUGACAGCGUUUGCCACCGCCACCAUCAUGCAGUGCUUCCUCAUCAGCACCUUCUUCUCCCGGGCCAACCUGGCUGCCGCUUGCGGGGGACUCAUCUACUUCGCCCUCUACCUGCCCUACGUCCUGUGUGUGGCCUGGCGGGACCAUCUCAACACCACUCACCGCAUCCUCGCCAGCUUCUUCUCCCCGGUGGCCUUUGGCUUUGGCUGCGAGUACUUCUCCCAGUACGAGGAGCAGGGCGUGGGCAUCCAGUGGUUCAACCUGCGCUCCAGUCCCACGGAGGGAGACACGUACAACUUCACCACCGCCAUCGUCCUCCUGUAUGUGGACGCCUUCCUCUACGCCGCCGCGGCCUGGUACAUCGAGGCCGUUUUCCCAGGGGAGUUUGGGAUUCCCAGACCCUGGUACUUCAUCUUCCAGCUCAACUACUGGGGUGGGAUUCCCCUGGAGGCUGGCAUGCCCCUCCCCCCUGUACCCAGAGACCACAACCAAGAUCGUAUUGAACCGGAACCCACACACCUCAUGCUGGGAGUGGCUAUCCAUAACCUGGUCAAAAUCUACAAACAGGGUGCCAAGCUAGCCGUCAACAACCUCAACCUCAAGUUCUACGAGGGGCAAAUCACCUCCUUCCUGGGUCACAACGGUGCCGGCAAGACCACCACCAUUUCCAUCCUGACCGGCCUGUUCCCCCCCACCGCCGGGACGGUGUACAUCAAGGGAAUGGACAUCCGCACGGACAUGGACAUCAUCAGGAGAACUCUGGGGGUCUGUCCCCAGCACAAUGUUCUCUUUGACAUCCUGACUGUGGAGGAGCACGUGUGGUUCUACGGCCGUAUGAAGGGCAUGUCCGGGGAGGACGUGAGGGAGGAGAUCGACACUCUGCUGGAGGACGUGGGACUGCUGCACAAGCGCCAUGAGCAGACCAAGAACCUGUCCGGGGGCAUGCAGAGGAAGCUGUCGGUGGCGAUAGCAUUCGUGGGGGGCUCCAAGGUGGUGGUCCUGGACGAGCCCACGGCCGGGGUGGACCCCUACUCUCGGAGGGGCAUCUGGGACCUGCUGCUCAAGUACCGCAAGGACCGCACCAUCAUCCUGUCCACCCACUACAUGGAUGAGGCCGACUUGCUGGGGGACCGCAUCGCCAUUAUCUCCCAAGGCAGGCUGUGCUGCUGCGGCUCUCCCCUCUUCCUGAAGGCCCGCCUGGGCACGGGCUACUACAUCACCGUGGUCAAGAAGGAGGGACUGGAGACCCGGCCGGCCAACAGCGCCAGCGCUCACAAGCUGCCCCCUCCCACCAAGGACAGCGACUCGUCCAUGAGCGAUGACACAGGGCUGGGCAGCGACGUGAGCGGCUCAGACCUGGCAGCGUUAUUGGCCCUCGCUCAGCAUCAUAUCCCAGGGGCUCGGCUGGUGGAGGACCUGGGGCGUGAGGCGGUCAUCAACCUGCCCCAGACCUGUGCAGAGGAGAGCAGUUUGGCCAUCUUCCUCACAGAGCUGGAACACAGGAAGGCAGAGUUGGGGGUGUCCAGCUACGGCCUGUCUGACACCACCUUGGAGGAGAUCUUCCUGCGCGUGGCCGAGGAGACGGGAGUGGACGUCGACCCAGAGGAGAACCCCAGGCAGGCUGGCACACCGCCAAGCCAGGGCCCAAGCCAGGCCCCACAGGGUGGGGCGGCUGAGGACUUAGAGACAGAGCCCCAGGAGACGGACCUGCUGAGUGGAGAGGGCAGAGGAGGGGUCCCUCUGACUGGCUGGUGGCUGACCUGGCAACAGCUGCGGGCUCUCUUCAUUAAGAGAUGGCUGUACGCGCUUCGCAGCCGCAGAGGCUUCUUUGCUCAGAUCGUGCUUCCUGCUGUGUUUGUGUUGAUCGCUCUUCUGUUCAGCCUGGUCGUUCCUCCGUUCGGGAAGUACCCUGCUCUUGAGCUGCAGCCCUGGAUGUACGGUGAACAGUACACCUUCUACAGUAAUGAUGCCCCUGGGAAUCCUGCUAUGGAGAAUAUUCUGGAUGCCCUUCUGGACGGACCAGGGUUUGGCACUAAGUGCAUGGAGGACAGCAAGAAUGUCCAGUGUGAGGCUGCGGAGCGGGGCUCCAUGUACAUGCGCCCCCAGGUGUCCUUCUCCACCUGGCAGAUGUUCAACAAAGGGAACUGGAGCCGAGAGAAGGCCUCUCCUGACUGCCAGUGCAGCACGGAGGAGGUGCGGAGGAUGCUGCCAGACUGCCCUCAGGGGGCCGGGGGUCUGCCCCCUCCACAGAUUAAAAGAUUCACUGGUGACAUACUGCAAAAUAUGACUGGCCGCAACAUAUCUGACUACUUGGUCAAGACCUACCCUCAGAUCCUAAAGAAAAGCCUAAAGACUAAAAAGUGGGUCAAUGAAUUCAGAUACGGGGGCUUCUCAUUGGGUGGGCAAGCCAGCCAGGCAUUACCGCAGGUGCACCACAUCCAGGACUCUGUGACGUCUGUCAGAUCACGCUACAGAGUAGCACAGAAUACCUCACUGGACCUGCUCUUGGGUCGACUUCCAGAGUUUCUAAGUGGACUGAACAGUCAAAACAACGUGAAGGUGUGGUACAACAACAAAGGCUGGCAUGCCGUGACAUCGUUCGUCAAUGUCAUGAACAACGGCCUACUGCGUGCCAGCCUGCCUCCCGGACCGGAGAGGAUGAGGCAUGGCAUCACUGCAUUCAACCAUCCCCUCAACCUCACCAAGGAGCAACUCACUGAGAUGGCCAUGAUGACAACCUCAGUGGACGUACUCGUGUCCAUCUGUGUGAUUUUCGCCAUGUCCUUCGUUCCGGCCAGCUUUGUGCUGUUUCUGAUUGAGGAACGAGUCAGCAAGGCCAAACACCUCCAGUUUGUCAGUGGCGUCAAACCUAUUCUGUACUGGCUCGCCAACUUCACCUGGGACAUGUUGAACUACACGGUCCCGGCUACCAUGGUGGUCCUCAUCUUCAUGUGCUUCCAGCAGCAGUCCUAUGUUUCGGAGAAGAACCUGCCCGCUCUGGUCCUUCUGCUACUGCUGUAUGGCUGGUCCAUCACACCUCUCAUGUACCCAGCAUCGUUUAUCUUCUCCGUCCCCAGCACUGCCUACGUGGUCCUGACCUCCAUCAACCUCUUCAUUGGCAUCAAUGGCAGCAUCGCCACCUUUGUCUUGGAGCUGUUUGUAGACGAGCACUUGAAUGAAGUCAACAGGAUCCUGAAGAAAGUUUUUCUAAUCUUCCCUCACUUCUGUCUGGGCCGGGGCCUCAUUGACAUGGCCAAGAACCAGGCCAUGGCUGAUGCCUUCCUGAGACUGGGCACUAAGCAGAACCUGGAGCCUCUUCAGUGGGACUUUGUGGGGAAGAACUUGUUUGCCAUGGCGGUUGAAGGAUUCAUCUUCUUCAUCUUCACCAUACUGCUACAGUACAAGUUCUUCCUUAGCUGCAGGCCGUGGUCUGAGCUUGAGAUGCCUCCGCUGGGCCCGGAGGAUGAGGACGUGGCCAGGGAGAGAGAGAGGGUGAAGAGUGGAAAGGCCCAAGCCGACAUCCUCACCAUGAUGGACCUGAGCAAGGUGUAUAAAGCUGGAAAGAAACCGGCUGUGGAUCGACUGUGUCUGGGGAUCCCACGUGGUGAGUGUUUUGGCCUGCUUGGAGUUAACGGAGCUGGGAAGACGUCGACCUUCCGCAUGCUGACAGGAGACACCCCCAUCACCAAUGGAGAGGCUUUCCUCAGCCAUCACAGCGUGAGCACUGAAAUGGAGAGAGUGCACCAGCUGAUGGGCUACUGCCCCCAGUUUGACGCCAUCAGCGACCUGCUGACCGGACGUGAACACCUGGAGUUCUACGCCCGUCUUCGAGGGGUGUCGGAGGAACACGUUUCCAAGGUGGCCCAGUGGGGGGUGAAGAAGCUGGGACUGACUCAGUACGCCGAGCGGCAGGCCGGAGGCUACAGCGGAGGCAACAAGAGGAAGCUUUCCACCGCCAUCUCUCUCAUCGGGGCUCCUCCAAUCAUAUUUCUGGAUGAGCCCACCACAGGCAUGGACCCCAAGGCCAAAAGGUUCCUGUGGAACUGCAUCCUCAGUGUCACCAAGGAGGGAAGGGCUGUCGUUCUCACAUCUCACAGCAUGGAGGAGUGUGAAGCGUUGUGCACCCGCAUGGCCAUUAUGGUGAAUGGAAGGUUCCAGUGUCUCGGCUCUGUUCAGCACCUCAAGAACAGGUUUGGCGAUGGCUACACAGUGAUCCUGCGUCUGGCGAGCACCAAGCCCCCGGAGAACCCGUGUCCAGUGGACGUUUACAUCAAGAACUCGUUCCCCGGCAUUGAGCUGAAGGAACGCCACCAGAACGUUCUGCAGUACCAGCUGCCCUCGCACAUCUGUUCCUUGGCGCGGGUCUUUGACGUGCUCUCCAACAACGACGAGGAGCUGGGCAUCGCAGACUACUCCGUCUCACAGACCACGCUGGACCAGGUUUUUGUCAACUUUGCCAAAGAGCAGUGCGAUGACGACCAACUCAACGAGGUGAUAGUCAACAACGGAGCCACAGCAGUGGGUCACAGCAGCCGUGGGGCCUCUCCUGGACCCUCAAAGCCGUCUAACAAACCAACUCCAACAAACAAGGCUCCCCAGUCAGGAAAGUCAUCGGACAGCAAAUCCUCGGACGGCAAACCUAAAGAAGGCCAAUCAAAGGAGAGCAAAUCAAAAGAGGGCAAAUCGAAGGAGGGCAAAUUGAAGGAGGGGAAAUCCAAAGAGGGCAAAUCGAAGGAGGGGAAAUUGAAGGAGGGCAAAUCAAAAGAGGGGAAAUCUAAACAAGGAAAUCCCAACGGGGUGAUGGACAGCAGUGUGGCGAUGACCAGCCGACCGCAGCCAGAGGAGAAACCCUCAGGGUCCGAGGAGAAGCCCCGGACGAGCCAGGUUGUCAGCUGUGGGUCAAGCAGCAGCGGUGGUGGUGGUGGUAGAGAGGAGAGCAGGACGUCCACGGCCAACGGGUCCAAGAGAGCGGCAGAGAGCUCAAGCGGUAAAGAUCCGGUCGCUCUCUUCCUAGUGGGGAACGACACUCAGGAGAGCAAGGUAUAAAGUGGACCGGGAACGUAUGAGGACAUGCAAGAAGUAUGGUUGAAAUUUGGCUGAAUUCCAUUUUGUAUUAAGACAUUCGCUCCCUUGUGAAUUCCCCAAUGUUCUGAACAUACACGACCAGAUUGUCUGUAGAAUCAUUGGACUUUGUUGUCAUUUUCUGUGGAACAAGGUACAGUGCAGGUAAUUGGGUGAUGUUUUUGCUAGCUUUCUGUUGUGGGAUCUUUUAAGAAACUGCUACAGAAAGUCCAAAGACAAAAAAAAACAUGAAAUUAAUAUGAGCGUGUGCUAUGUCGAAUAGGGAAUCGCGUUACGCAUACCAUCCCAACAUCCAAAUUGAUAUAUGUUUAAGCUCACUGGAAAUGGUGUCAAAAGAAAACAUACAAAUGGAAUUCAGCAAGAGACGCAAAGUGUUCCUCUUGUGUUCUCUGGAAAAGGAAGACGCUACCAGACGACUCCUCUACAGUCUAGCUUUGGUGCCUUUUUCACUCUCUAAUACAGCUACAGUACAAUACCUCCUAAAGAGUUGAAUAUACUCAAAUACUAUGGUGCAUUUCCAUGGGACUGGUCAAUGGCUUAUCUUAUUAUAGUUUUUGUUAAAUUUUAUCUUCUUUUACCUUAAUCUUGAAUGUGUUUUGGUUUCGCGAUGACUAUGUUAAGUCAUAUUCACACCAACAAAAAAGAGUAGUCAAUCAAAUCAACGUUAAUCAAUGUUCUAACAUUUGCAUAUUUCCCUAGAACUCAUUAAAAAAUGCUGCACACAAGCUGUCCACUGAAUACAUUCAUUAGCAAUUCCAUUCCAUAUCCAUCAACAUUUUCAUUUGAAGUAUUGCACUUUUUAUUUUUUUACAGAUUCACCACAAGCACUUUCGUUAUUUUACAUUCAAAAAAAGCAUUGUAAAAAUGUGUUUAACAAUGCCUAUGUCAGGGUUGGGGAAAAUGUCACUGAGCAAUUAUUUCAAAUGCUUUUAUAUACGCUUUUGCACUUUGCAAGUAAACAAACUUGCUCUGUAAAUGUAUAUAAUUGAAAUGAACCUGACACACAGCUGAUACAGGUCAGCAGUUAUUUAUGCAUUUGUCAA